UGUAAUGCCUUUUCGGAUUGAUUUCGUGGCCAGUCCCACUCCUUCCCUUGGUUGCUCCGGCGGUGGCCUCGCUCCAAACUCCCGAGGCUGGCAAAAUGUCUCUCCUAACAGCUGCGGCGGGAGAAGACGCCAAGGGCGCUUCAGACGAGCUGGUUUUCUACGUGAAUGGCCGAAGGAUAGUAGAGAAGAAUGCUGAUCCUGAACAGAUGAUGUUAUCUUAUCUGAGGAAAAGACUCCGUCUCACAGGUACCAAGUAUGGCUGUGGUGGUGGCGGAUGCGGCGCAUGCACUGUGAUGAUUUCAAGAUACGAGCCAGUUGCUAAGAAGAUCAUUCAUUAUUCUGCCAAUGCGUGCUUGCUUCCUCUGUACUCAUUGUAUGGCUGUGCUGUCAUCACCGUGGAAGGAAUUGGAAGUACAAAAACCAGGAUUCAUCCAGUUCAGGAAAGGAUAGCUAAAAGCCAUGGCUCCCAGUGUGGUUUCUGUACCCCAGGAAUGGUGAUGUCCAUCUAUGCUUUACUGCGCAAUGAGAUUGAACCCUCAGAGGAACAAAUCGCUGAAGCUCUAUCAGGGAAUUUGUGUCGCUGCACUGGCUACCGGCCCAUUAUAGAUGGCAGUAAAACCUUCUGUAAGGAAUCAAUGUGCUGCCAAGAUAAGGAAAACAGGGGCUGCUGCUUGGAUGAAGAAGAUGGUUUACCUUUGUUACCUAACAAGGAAAAGAAGAUUUGCACAACAUUGUUUUCAUCAGAAGAAUUUCAGCCUUUGGAUCCCACCCAAGAGUUAAUAUUUCCUCCAGAGCUUAUGCGAAUGGCAGAAUGUCAAACUCCACAAACUCUUAUUUUCCACGGGGAAAGAACUAUGUGGAUCUCUCCUGUAAAUCUCAAGGAGCUUCUGGAACUGAAAGCCAAGUACCCUCUGGCACCUCUUGUACUUGGGAAUACUUGUGUGGGACCAGAUAUGAAAUUUAGAGGUGUAUUUCAUCCACUUAUCCUUUCACCCUCCAGGAUAUUGGACCUGCAUGUGGUGAAACACACAGAGGAAGGGCUAUUACUUGGAGCUGCCUGUAGCCUUACCUUAGUGAAAGAUGUUCUGACAGAUGCUGUUUCAGAACUUCCAGCAGAGAAGACAAAGAUAUUUCGUGCCCUUUUGCAACAGUUAAAAACGCUGGCCGGACAGCAGAUAAGAAAUGUAGCUUCUUUUGGAGGAAAUAUUAUAAGUAGAAGUCCCACAUCUGACAUCAAUCCUGUUCUAGCUGUUGGAAAUUGUAUCCUAAACUUGGCAUCACAAGGGAGAAUGCGACGGAUUCCUGUGAGUGACCUUUUUGCUGAUGGGCUUGGAAACAAUACCCUGGAACCAGAAGAGAUCCUAGUAUCCGUUCACAUUCCACAUUCCAUCAAAGGAGAAUUUGUAUCAGCUUUUCGUCAAGCCCAGCGGCGGGAAAAUGCUUUACCAAUUGUUAAUGCAGGAAUGAGAGUCCUAUUUGAAGACAACUGCAACACCAUUAAAGAGAUCAGCAUCUUUUAUGGAGGUGUGGGCUCUACGACGCUUGCUGCAACGCAAACCUGCCAGGCACUUAUUGGGAGACCUUGGAAUGAGCAACUGUUAGAUGAAGCUUGCAGAAGAGUACUCACGGAAAUGUGUCUUCCAAGCUCAGCUCCCGGCGGCAAAGUAGAGUACAGAAGAACUCUCAUUGUUAGUUUCCUGUUUAAAUUCUACCUGGAAGUCUUGCAGUCACUGAAAAUGAUGUAUCCCACUUGGUAUCCUGAUAUCCCAGAUAAUUAUUUGAGUGCCCUCGAGAGUCUCCACUCCAAAAUACCUCAGAGUAUGCAGAUAUACCAGGAUGUGGAGCCAGGGCAACUUGCCCAAGACCCGGUAGGCCGCCCGGUCAUGCACCAGUCCGGUCUUAAACACACCACAGGUGAAGCUAUUUACUGUGAUGACAUCCGUGCUGUGGAUGAAGAACUCUUCCUGGCUCUAGUGACCAGUUCCAAAGCCCAUGCAAAGAUUAUAUCAAUAGAUGCUUCAGAAGCCCUCAAGAUGCCUGGUGUGGUUGAUGUUGUGUCUGUUCAGGAUGUUCCUGCCACUAAUGAGUUCUAUAACUACGAUGUCCCAGAUAUUAUAUUUGCCAGAGAACAGGUGACUUGCGUGGGUCAGAUUGUCUGCGCUGUGGUUGCAGAUUCAGAUAUUCAUGCUAAACGAGCAGCUGCCAAGGUGAACAUUCAGUAUGAGCCAAAGGAGCCUGUCAUCCUGACCAUAGAGGAAGCGAUAGAGCACAACUCAUUCUUUGAACCAGUAAGAAAACUGGAACACGGGGAUGUAGACAACGCCUUUAAAACUGUCGACCACAUACUGGAAGGUGAGAUCCUUAUUGGAGGACAGCAGCACUUUUACAUGGAAACUCAGAGUAUUCUUGCCAUUCCAAAAGGGGAAGAUAAAGAAAUGGAUAUCUAUGCAUCAACUCAGCAUCCAAUGUUUGUACAGGAGUUGGUGGCAUCAUGCUUAGGUGUCCCAAGAAAUCGGAUUAUGUGCCAUGUGAAAAGAAUUGGAGGAGCUUUUGGUGGGAAACUGAUGAAAACUAGUCACUUGGCUUGUAUUACCGCUGUGGCAGCCAACAAGACAGGCCAUGCAGUUCGCUGCAUUCUGGACAGAGGCACUGAUGCAUUAGUCUGUGGAGGCCGGCACCCUGCCAUUGGCAAAUACAAAGUCGGCUUCCUGACUAAUGGCAGAAUUUUAGCUAUGGAUAUCAGUGUGUAUGUUAAUGGAGGAUGUACUCCUGAUGAUUCCAUUCUGAUUAUUGAGAUAGUCCUAUUAAAAAUGGAUAAUGCAUACAACAUCCCAAAUGUACGAACCUGUGCUCGUGCUUGCAAGACAAACCUGCCAUCCAACACAGCUUUCCGUGGAUUUGGCUUCCCACAAGGGGGACUGGUUACUGAAUCCUGGGUAACACGUGUGGCAGCCAGAUGUGGUUUAUUACCAGAGCAGGUUAGGGAAAUAAAUAUGUAUAAAGAAAAUGGACUAACCCCUUACAAACAAGAGCUCAAGCCCCAGAACUUGCUUAGGUGUUGGAAUGAAUGCAUGGAGAAAUCUGCAUAUUACACCAGAAAAGCAGCUGUGGAUGAAUUCAACAAACAAAAUUACUGGAAGAAAAAAGGGAUUGCCAUUAUACCCCUGAAGUUUCCAGUUGGUUUUUGCGUGCGAGUUCUAGGUCAGGCUGCUGCUCUGGUUCAUUUAUAUACUGAUGGGUCCGUGCUCCUGACACAUGGUGGCAUAGAAAUGGGACAAGGACUUCACACCAAAAUGAUCCAGGUUGCUAGCAGAGAAUUAAAGAUGCCAUUGUCAAAUAUUCACUUUUGUGAGACAAGUACAACAACUGUCCCUAAUGCCUGUGCUUCAGUAGGAUCUAUGGGAACUGAUACCAAUGGGAUGGCAGUAAAGGAUGCUUGUCAGACUCUUCUGAAGCGCCUUGAACCUAUCAUUUCUCAGAAUCCUAAAGGCUCUUGGAAAGAAUGGGCUAAAGAAGCUUUUGAACAGAGCAUUAAUUUAUCAGCAACAGGUUAUUUCAGAGGCUAUGAGGCGAACAUUGACUGGGAGAAAGGGGAAGGCCAUCCAUUUGAAUAUUUCAUUUUUGGAGCCUGUUGCACUGAGGUUGAAAUAGACUGUCUGACAGGAGAUCAUAAGAAUGUCAGAACAGACAUUGUUAUGGAUAUUGGCUGCAGCAUCAAUCCUGCACUGGAUAUAGGUCAGAUCGAAGGUGCCUUUGUUCAAGGUCUUGGGCUUUACACAAUGGAGGAAAUCAAAUUCUCUCCUGAAGGGGUCCUCUACACACGGGGUCCAGAUCAGUAUAAAAUCCCUGCAGUAUGUGAUAUCCCUGAACAUUUCAGUAUUUCCUUGUUGGCCUCUUCCCAAAGCACACCGGCAAUCUACUCAUCUAAGGGGCUUGGUGAAUCAGGGCUUUUCCUGGGAUGCUCUGUGUUUUUUGCAAUAUGGGAUGCAGUGACUGCAGCAAGAAGAGAAAGGGGAUUGUCUGGGGAUUUUGGACUGAACAGCCCGCUGACCCCUGAAUGCAUUCGAAUGGCCUGUGCGGACCAGUUUACCAAAAUGAUCCCAAAGGAUGAAAAGCCAACUCUUUCUUGGUCCAUCUCCUUGUAAAAGUGAGACAGGAACAGAUGCAAAGGAUCUACAGCAGCACGGUGACUUCUUUGAGUAACAUCACCCAACGAUGCAAUAAAUGUGGCUCAUUUUAAUUCAGUAUUUAUUUUUGUUCUGGGCGGGGAUGAUGUUGGUGGACAUUGCAAGCUGGAUAUUCAGUCUUAAGAGAGUCUGCUUCCUGCAUUUUAAAAUAUGUUACUAGAGAAUUACAGUUUAACAUCCGGUGAUUUAAUUAAUUAGUGUGCUAAUUGUUGAAUUGGAUAACAGUUUGUAAUACAAAGGAAAACAAAAAAAGGUUUGAUGAGUUGGUUAUUUCAAAUCAAUAUAUAAAAUUCACCUUCCUUAGUCCCAGUCUGUAUCCUCUUUAGCAAACUCCCUGAUCUUCCUGCCUGAUUCUUUUGCCCACUGAUCCUCCUCACCCAUACAUUCUUCUUCCGAGGCCUCCUAUCUCCAUCUUCUCAUGGGUUCCUUAAAUCUUCACCUCCCCUUUCAUUUUAUUUUGUCUCUUCCCCGGCAUUUAUCUGCAUCUCUGGGCAGAACUAGACAUUAUAUAUAUUACGUGGUUAUCCUGAACUCAGUAGUUCUCUCUCCCUCCCUCCCUCCCCUCUACUUGCAUGCCACCCCUCCCCCUCCCUUUGCUAGGGUGGGUGGGCCAUGUCCAGAUGCCAGGUUCCCUCCCCCUCCCUCCCCUCCCUCCCCUUCACUUGCAUGCCACCUCUCCCUCCCUUGCCUGUCACCCUUUACUCACUCCCCUCCCCUGCAUGCAUGUUACCCCUCACCCCCUCCCCUCACUCACUCCCCUUUCGUUCCAUGGUUUGGACAGUGCUGAACUGAAUAUAGGGUUACCAACCUCCAGAUGGGGCUCAAAAUUUUCCUGGAAUUACCAUUGAUCUCCAGACUGCAGAGAUCAGCUCCCAUGAAGAAAAUGGCAGCUCCCGUGGGUGAAAUCAGAUCCCGGCUGAGUUCCCUCACCAAACUCCUCCCUUCCCAGGCUCCUCCUCCAAAUCUCCAGGAAUUUCAUUACCUGCAGCUGGCAACCCUAAUACCUUGUGCUCUAGGAUCAUUAUGUUGGCGUGUCCCUGCUCCCUGCUCCCCCCCCCCCCACUUACACUGAUUUGCUUCUGAGCUUCAAAUUGAUUUACUUCCUGUUCGUUGGCUUUGGAUAUGAUCUCAGUAUAUUGCAGAAUUUGCUGUAGACCAGGAGUGGCCAACCUAUGGUGCUCCAGAUGUUCAUGGACUACAAUUUCCAGGUAGGUGCUGAUGGGAAUUGUAGUCCAAGAACAUCUGGAGCACCAUAGGUUGGCCACCCCUGCUUUAGACAUUUGGGAGGAUAUUUUACUAAGGUCUGCAGUAGUGGAAAGAUCAAGCCAACAUCCUCAACCAAUGAGACAGCUAUUAUUUCACUGCUGACUGAUAAAAACGGCAUUCAUAGUGUGAUGCAUCAUAGAUGCCUGUAAUAGGCACUGUCAUUUAAAUGGAUGUUAAGAUUUGCUAUCUUCUCAGAUCUUCAAGAGGCAGACGUAGAAGAAUCAAGAGCAUGGAAAGAUUUGUAGAUUAUUCUAAUGAACUUGUUCCCCACAAGAUUCUACUAAUCCUUUCAUGUGCAGAAAACAAGAUUACUUCUGCUACUUUGUUAUAUUCCAGGUAUAAGCUAAGAUUUAUGCCCUGCAUACUCCUUAGGUGUAGUGAGUGAUGCAAUCUGUUAAAUGUGGGUGUGCUAGUAGUAACUCCCUCAAGUAAUAUUACUUAAUGUUUUCAGUUUUAGGCCGCAGUUGCUUUUAAGUGUAGUAAUAGACUGCAGCUUGUCACCCUUCCAAUGUGUCAGGAAUCAGCACCAGCUAAAAAUUCCCUCUCCUCCUGCCCUGCUUCUACCAAUGCAGUCAUAGUGUUGAAGGGGAAGCAGUCAGGUACUCUUCCAUUGUGCCUUGACAGGGACCUCACUUAGAACCCAAUCCCAAAACUCUUUAAAAUAUAUUUUAGUUGGUUUUUGUGUUGGUUUUUCAUUAUUGUAAGACAUUUGUGGAAACUUUUGUUGUAAGUUUAAAAAAUAAAUCGCUUUUCCGAUUCUGAA